AAGUUUUAAAACUAACAUCUUGAUCAUUCACAAGAAGAGGCCAUCACUACCAGUCACUGAACUUAUAUAUUACGCAUAUAUGUAAAAUAAAAACUUUGUCCCGUUGUAUUGUUUUGGGACCUCAGAAGACUCGCCUUACUCCUUGUUAUUCACUAAAUAUGAUUCUAAACUUAAUUACUUUUCAAUCAUCCUGAAAAUGGUGAUUGCAAGAACUGAAAGAUCAUAUUCAAAGUUCGGGUUUGUUCGAGUCUCCGAUCCCUACUCUGUAGCAAAUAUUGCACUGCAAAUACAGCAGUUUAAGCAAAUGAUCGAUGAGGUCGGGCCAACUUAGUAGCGCUCAUUUGGGUGAGCUGUGGAGUCUAAAGUUGAAAUGGAGUUUCUAGGUGUGUAGGGAAAAAUUUUACGUAGUUCCCGUGCCACCACAAUGGCAUGACAUCAAAAGAGUGACUAGAACCUGUCCCUAACAAGCUCGAAAGAUUCUUCAAAUAGCUUUACCCGGUUCAAAAAAAGAGAUACUAAAAGAACCUGGAAGUCGUCCAUUUCAUCUUCUCAAUCGAAAGUUUAGGAGGGUGAAGUAAAAAGAGCCUUAUAGUUUUUUCAAUCUAAGAUGAACUAAGAGGUAGAGGCAGACGCAGUCUUCCUACUUUGCUUGAGACCCCCUUGCUUAGUUAGAGAAAGAGAUAAGAGGUGUUAGGUGCUAUGACAAAUAAGAAGUGGACAUCUGUAUUAGGACCAAGUGAGUUCAGCUAAACGUUGAUUGACUGGCAUCGGUAGUGUAGCACUUACGGAAGCCUCCCUUUGACAAAACUUAACAUCCCACUUCGUUGGAGUUCUUCAACCAAAUCAUCAUUCUUCAUAAUAAACUCAACCAUUUCAUUCAUUCUUCUCUAUUCCACACCUCUGAAUUUACACUCCCCUGUCAAAAAUGGCUACCAAUCCCUCCAAAGCCUUGCUUCUGGCCUUGAUCUCCAUAGCAACAGUUCUAAUCCAACCCCCGACUCUUUUAUGUGAUGGCGAGGAGGAGAAAUAUAGAAACUGCAACUCAUCACUGAAGUGCCUCACAUAUCCAAAUCUCGGCUAUCCUUUCUGGGGUUUGAAUCGACCUGAUUACUGUGGCCAUCCAAGUUUUGAGUUGAGUUGCAGAGAAGAAGCUCUAGAAAUUGCAAUCAACUCCAUCGCCUAUCGGAUUCUCGAGAUCAAUACCAACACACACACUCUGAGGGUAGUUAGAAAAGAUUACUGGAACAAUAUCUGUCCACAGUCCUUGAAGAACACCACGUUUGACUCAAACCUCUUCUACUACAGCUCAAACACUCAGCCCCUAAAGCUACUUUAUGACUGCGCAUCCUUGCCCGUUGGUUUGCCUGGCCAGUUUCGUUGCAACAUAAACAGUACAAAUUAUGUUAAUCUCAUCGUAACCCAGAAUUCCGAGGCUAGGAAUAGCUCAAACACGAUGAAGUGCAACCAUAGCGUUGAUGUUGCAAUCUCUAGAUCAAUGAUGCAAAGUCUACAGAGCAAUCCAAGUGAGCUAAACCUAAAAGAAGCUCUUGAAACUGGAUUUGAGUUGCAGUGGAGGAUAGACAAUAGAGUGUGUUAUGAGUGUCAUGAAUCAGGCGGGCAGUGUGGUUCAGACCCAAGUUUGGGUGAAUUCACUUGUUAUUGUUUGGAUGGAGCUUUCAAAACCACUUGUGGAUCAACGCCUUCAGGUAUGUAUGAUUCAAAUCCUUUUCAGGGUUUUUCGAUUCUUCUUCGUAUAGAGUUAGUUCAUCCAGAUGCUAAGUUGAUUCAAAUAAGCAUCCAACUAGAUGUUCCUCCACUUCCCAUUAAUUCUCCCACGAACUUUGAAAUGAUUUCUAUUUCCUAGAACAAAAUCCUAAAUCUGUGUACGAUAGAUAUAUUUCAAGGG